AGCCUGUGUGUUAUCUCCAUAUUCCUUAUUGCUUUCUAAUGAUAGUGAAAAGUUGCAAAUUAUGCAGUAUAAUAUGAGGUUUUAUAUUACUUGUCAGCAAUGUAUAUUAACCACUUGCAUUGUUCCUGAAAUGAAUGUAUCAACCAUAAUGGUGUUAAAAAGACCAGCUUAUAUUGUGCUGCCAGUAGCGCUUAAUAAAUCUUGGUAUACAGAUAUAGGGGCGGAAAUUAUAAGACAGGUUGGAGAGCUCAUACGGCCAAAAAGAUUUGUGGCUACUUUGAUUUUGGGAAUUUCCGCCUUAAUAGGAAUAUUAAGCUCUUUUACUGUCGCAACAUAUGCUUUAGUGAAGGAAGUGCAAACAGCACAAUAUGCUAAUGAUUUAUCAAAAAAUAUAUCCUUGGCUUUAGCAACCCAGGAAGCAAUAGAUAGAAAGUUAGAAACUAAAGUUGAUGCCCUUGAAGAAGCAGUUUUACAUAUUGGUCAAGAACUUGCUGCUUUAAAAAUUCGCUUAUCUUUAACAUGCCAUAAAAAAUAUUCUUGGAUAUGUGUUACUCCUUUAAAAGUAAAUUAUUCUGAAUAUUCUUGGGAACAAAUUCAAAUGCAUAUUUUAAAUGUAUGGAAUUCUAGUGAUGUGGGAAUUGAUUUGGAACAGUUACAUAAGCAAAUUCAUGAUAUUGCGGCCUCUCAAUAUGAUAUGAAUCCCUCUAAAGCUGCUGCAGAAUUUUUACAAAAUUUACAAAGUUAUUUUAAAAAUAAUUCCUUUAUGCAUAUUUUAAUAAAUUAUGGGGCUGCCGGAGUGGUUAUAAUUUUGCUUCUUAUUUCUUUUCCAGUCAUUAUCCGAUUAAUUCAAACUGCCCUUCAAAGUGUAUACAGAACCAAAGUGGAAUUACAUACUGCCUUUUUAAAAAAUAAAAAAGGGGGAGAUGUCGGGAGCCACAUAGGAAGUGCCUUUGAGUUACAGCACAGACGAGACCCGUAGUGUCAAGCAAAGUUGAUGCUAUCGGGUAUAAAUAUGGAAAAGCAAAGCUCUCGUUUG